GCGGAUAGAGUUUUUGUGCGAGUCUUGUCGCAGUAAGAAAAGGAGAGAAAAGCUUGAUCGAAAAUUAUUUCGUAUCAAAAUCAAGUGAAAAGCGCGUUUUAAUUCGCGGAGUGUGCAUUUUUGCUUUAAAACGCAUCCAUAUUAGGUGUUUUUCGCCGGAAACUAAUGUAAAAGUGCAGUACAGUUAUUGGGCGGUACAGUUACGUUGAAAGAUACACUUUUUCCGUAAAGGUUUGGUUGUAAAACCGAAAAUUUAUCGCAUUCAUUGCAAACCUCUGCGGAGGAAAAGGCUGGUUAUCCCGUUUGCUGACAUUGCGUGUCUUCCGGAUUGCCUUGAAAGCAGCUGGUGGACAAGAAUUUUCCUGUUUUUUCGCUAGUAGACUGUUUUCCUUAAUCCGCAGACCCAGUUUUUCACGGGUGAAUUGAGGAAUAAAGGCAGGCUAAAAAAUUGUUUCCGCCAGCUCUGCACAGUUGGCCAUGGCUCGUUUUACAGUAAUGUUAGGCAGAAUCUUUGCUGGUCAUCAUAGGAUGAGGAUUCGUAAAUCUUGCCAAAGUUGAGCAGCGAGCAAUAUUCCAAGUGAAACAAAUCCAGCUGAAAGCGUCAAUAAUAGUAUAUCAAGAUAGUGAAAAAGUUACUUUCGGAAAAAGGAGAAAAGUACUGAGGAGGAAGAGAACUCUAAAACUUGCUGGCGUCGUGGCUGCAAAGGUUGAAAUUUUGAACACUUAAGCAAGAUAGAGCAGAAAAACGUACAAGUUUUCUAGAAUGAGUAGCUCGGAAGGGGACAAAUCUGUGUCCGGAAGUGGGUCUAAAAUGCAGGGAACAACAUCAGCAGCAGGGUCGCUUUCCCUUACUGGCUCCGUUGUUGGCGGUGGUGGCAUGGGGCUCGCUGGUGGAACAGGAACCGGAUCUGGGUCGGGAGCCAAUGCAACCUCGUACCCGAUCGAUUCGGCAUCGAAAGUUUUGGUUCGCCCGACUGAUAAAACGAAUAUUAUGCCAACAACUUACAGAAUCAAUAACUCGGCCGGCAAUCAGAUGCGUGUGGUGAUACCGAGCAAUGCCACUCCACAGGCAUUUUACCGUCAGGCGAUCAAUGUAAAGCAAGACACUUCAACCAAUCGUACGCAAAUAACGGCCCUCCCGGCACGGACAGUUAAUCAGACAUCGAUCACCGUUUCACGUGCUCAAACACCGACCACCUAUCACGUACCGGCACGCGGUCCACAAACUGUGGCCAGCAUUCAAGGACCACGAGCAACCAUAACGGCUCCUAUUCGCAUCCCAACGCCUCCGAUAAGCGUGGCCAACCUGAACACCUACGUACGCCAAUCGGUGCCAUCUCGAACAUCUUCACCAUCGGCAACCAUUAUCUCGCAAGGAACGACCACCUGGAUGCCGAAUGUGCAAGUCCAGGUUCCGACUCAGUUGAUACGUGCCAACACACUGACCCAGGCUUCACGAGCCCGUGUCGUUGCACAAACUAUUCCAGUCAAUCAGACAUCUGGCAACAUCAACAAUGCCACAAUCACAGCCAAUGUGGUGGCUCAUCAGGCAACGACACAAUCUAAUCAGCAGAACGUUUCCAUCAGUGGUACCAAUCAGUCACAAGCAUUCGUGGCUACUUUGGCUACGGCGGUUCUUCCACCACAAAGACAAAUCACGUCUACUCUGUUGUAUCCUAAUAACAGCACGCAACAACCAUACACCACCGGUACAAAUCCUCAACGUUUGACAUUGGCCACCACCCUUCCUCCUCAAAGACCAACAGGAGUACGUCCCAUUCAACGUCUGCCGACGACAAACAUCGGAGUUCGCGUCACAGCCGGCAGUAUCAGCAUUCGUCCUCCCAGUGUGUCGGUACUUGCUCCAACGACUGUGCUCACUACCCUUGCAUCUGGUACCAGUAUUACACAAAACCGCACGGGAACCGUUUCAACGGCAAACAUCUCCAACACAAUACCAGCUCGUAUCAUACAGGUACAAAACCCGCAAAGUGGCCAAGUGAUCAGUGGUGGGCGCCUGCCAACCAACCUGCUAAGUAAUCUCCAACCAUUGAUUGUGAGUAAUAACCGUAUUCCACAUAGCAGCAUCCAGCCCAGUUUGACCAUCGCUCAGGUCGGAAAAUUGACCCCGGUUGCUGCUUCGCAAAUUUCAAACAAUUCCGCUUCUUCGACCAACAGCCAGGAAUCCCUCAGCGGAAGCGGUGGUACAACAACAUUACAAACCGUGUCAGGUCAGCAAAUCGUCGUUAGUUCGAGCCAAGUCGGCGCCGGAGCACUCAAUUCCAACACAGGUUCUGGAUCAACGGCCACCAUCAUCACUGGAAACCUGAUAUCCAAUCAAUCUGGUGGUGGUGGUCAAUCUCAGUCGCAAGGACAAAUAACUCAGAUUGUUAAUCUGAAUCCAGUAUCGAUCGGCUCAGGGCUGUCUGGUCAAGGGGCGCAAAUAGUUACCGUCAGUCAAGGACAACUCAUUGGCACUCAGCAAGCCAUUUCCGUAUCGAACUCUGGUGGUGGUGGAUCAACGACCGUUAUUCCAAUCCCACUUGCUUUAACCGGAGGAAGAAAUGCUAGCAUUCCAGUCUCGGUGGCAACAUUGUCAUCCGGGGGACAGAAUCCAAUUAGCAUCGUUUCCGGUGGAAGCACCAUCACCGGAAUCGUUCGCACUACUACUAGCAGCGCAGGUGGAAGCGGAUCCGGAAUAUCUACAUCGACUAUGCCAUCGAUUUUGCCGAUUGCCAAAGUCACACCGCAACAGUUGAGUAACUUGAGUACCAUCGAAACGGUCAGUAGUACGGCUCCGUACUCGGUAUCCGGAACGGGGACUUCACUGUAUAUUCAAACAAGACCGCAGCAACCCAGCGCUAUUGUUACAACCAUUGCAAACACCGGCAAAUCCAGUACCCUGAAUGUAGUCUCCAGCGGUUCAUCUGGUUCAAUUGGCAAUUCAGGCGCGACUUUUCUGCCCACAUCCACAUUCUAUUACGAACGUGUAACUGCUUCACCGGCUUCGUCUUCGCAGCCCAUCACAACGUCCGCACCUGGGCUGGCUCAAAGUGUUUCGGCAUUAACGUCCGCCACAAUCACGACAACAAGUGCCGUCAGUGGACCGGUAUUCUCAAUCUCAUCCAGUUCGCUGAGCAGUAGCAGUGGUUCUUCCGGUCCCGCCGGAACGAUUGUAACCGGUGUAUCGAGUGGCCAUGUGAAUUCAUCCAAUGUCAUCACGACGACCGUUUCUCCAUUGCCAUACGCACCGACGGCUGGACCGUUUGCCAUCGUACAAACGACUGGACGAAAUCUUUCCGGUCCAAUGCAUGGAAUCGUAUCAUCUUCAACUGCGGCCGUAGGACAAACCAUACAAUCUCAACAACAGCAACAGCAAAUGGUGUCGCAACAAUCACAAUCUCAAUCCCAACAAUCCGGCAACACACAGCUUCAAACGGUUCCAGUUCGUUUCCAUCCGCAAUUGUUAGUUGAUGGAGGCCAGAAUCAGCAAAUUAUCGUAACCGGAACGUCCGCCUCAUCCAAUUUAUCGUCACAGCCGGCCCACGUGCUAAUUCCGGUAAGUGCCACCGGUAAACUUGAAUCGCCUCAAUCGAGCAUUCUGCGGAAGCGCGGUUUGGAGGGUUCACUGAUUAAAACGGGCAAAGAUUUAACUCAAACGCUAAUUGCGAUGGGCAAAGAACGAGCCCGGGAAAUCGAACAGCUGCGUGAAAGGGAACGGGAACGAGAAAUGUCGCCACCAUCGCGACCAGCAUCGACCGAUGGUUCAACUACAGUCAGCGCAACUUCUAGCCCCGGAGCGGAUCAACAAGAGCAAGAAGAAAUCAAGGCUAUGGCAUUUGCCAACCGAAAUGCGAACAGUGAUUUGCCGUUCAAAUCGGUUCGUGAAGAAUUAUUCCACCACGGUCAGCAAUCGCAUCAGAAUCAGACAACUCUGGAAAGUACAAAGCAGCAAUCACUCUCCUCGGCUUUCCAUCAUUCGACAAUUCCACAUCAGAAUGUGACAGCACCGGGAAGCAGCAAUGGAAACUAUGAGCAAUCACCGAGGAAGAAACCACGGAAACAAAAUGUUGCCGAAGGGCUCAAAUCGGUGGCCAACAGUUUGCAGUUUUUCGCGAACAACGAUCUGGACAGCAGAUUCCGUAUGGAUAUUUCUGGUCCAUCGACGGUACCGGGCGAUGGAGGAUCAAUUCAAGCAUUGCCACAGCAGCAACAACAGCUACCGCAUCCGCCACAUACAAAACAUAAAGCUAGCAAAAACAAUGCCGCCGUAAAUAACAUCAGCACUGGAAACAGUAUCAAAAUGGAUGGUGCAGCGGUUAGUAGUGGGAAAGAAGGUACCUCGACUGGGAAAGAUGUUUCGUCGGUGCGGAAACCUCGGAACGUUAGCUUACUGGAGACAUACAAACAGAGUUGGAAAGCGGCCAAUAACCAUUUCCAACGGUACACGGAUGUCAAACAGAGAGAGGAACGACGUCCAACCAUCGUCGACAUUGCUAAUCAAUCGCAUGUGCUCCAGAAGGUUAAUGGCUGGAAGAUUUAUCAUCUUAGCGCUCAGAUUGAGGAUUUGUGCGAGUUGGAAUCUCAAGCGUACGACGAACUGGAACAGAUGUUGAAACACAUGGAAGCAACUCCUAAACCAUCUGCGGAAAUCGAACGCACCAAUGAACUGCUGAAGGGCAAUAUGCAACGAAGCAAGAUCACCAUCGAUGGCAUCAACGAAGCGCGGGCGCAAAUAAUGAAGAUCUUCGAUCACAAAACCCACGUUUCCGAUAUCAUUCAGCGGUGCGGCUCGAAGCGCAACUUCAAGAAACGGGAGAAAACCUAAAUGGAGGUAGGAGCGUGAAACGGGACGAUGUUGUACAGAGGUGUUCUAAUGUCGUCGUUUUUUGUUGCUUUGUGUGUUGAAAAGUGCUGCUUGCUUGUACUGAUAAGAUAAAUUGUAAGAUAAUUUUUAACUUAACCGAAUAGAGUGCGACCGUAGAUUUAAGAUAUGGUGGUGAAAAGUUGCAUAAUAUGCGAUAAUUGCGUAAAUGUAAAAAAAACAGCGCAGCAAUUCUUCCGAUUGUGCUUCGAUCAAUACUAACCCCUGUACAGUUGUGUAAAUGUAUUUCCACUGCAUUAUCUGAUUGAGUUUAGUGUAGGUCAUAGACUUUAAAUUUUAUUAGGACCACAGUUUUUAAAACAAUGUUAGCAAUACAGAUUAUUUCAAUGAUGAUUUCACUUAUUGAAACAUUUUUAGAUGAUCUAUCAUAUUGCGAGAGUGAAGGUCGUCGGUGAGAGUUUCGAUUCAACGCAAAAUAGCUGUAGGCUCUGAAAGUGUUUGUACUAGAUGUAAGUGCAAUAACUUGUUUAAUUCGAUAGUUGCAUAGAUGAAAAAAUGAAGAAAAUCGAAAAAAGUGAACCCUCCUGAAAAAAAAUCGAAAGCUCGAUACCCGAUACUGCUUCACUCCCGCGUUACACUAUGCUGGUGUAAUACGUACUUCAACUUGAGGGGAUAGUUACUGCUAUAAUUAUCUAUCCGCUGUACAGAAUCCAUACCGGUAAUGUUAAUAUAAUGGUGUCAUACAAAGUUGAAUUAUUAGUGAUUAAGUGCAGAAUUUUAAAGCUAAAUUUAGUUACUUUGAAUGUUUCUAUUUUUUUUUUUUACUAAACUCCGAGGUUUAUUUUUCCCCGAUAAUAACACAGUGUAGGCAGUAAGCGAAUAAAUUAAUUAUAUUUUGCAAUAGAGUGACGGAUUGAAGUUUAUUAAUGGACGGCGAAGUUAUUCUUCAGAAGUGUUCCGUAGAUCAGUAAUAUUCAUACUUUGAGAUAGUAGUGAUAAGGUACGAUGUGGACAUUUCUCAAUUUUCUCUCGACAAAGCGAAUGUUGUGUGUUACUAAGUAGCAGUUAUUUCAAAAAGAUUCAUAAUAAUAACGAUACAA